GGCACUUGGAAUAAACAUCUCGGCGGUAUUACUGCCCCCUGUCCAUCUUUAUUAUUAGUGCUUCGCUCCGCCCUCCUACCUGUAAAUCUCCCCGCUCUCCUCUGGAGCGGAUCUGACAGGCGCUCUCAGCUGGCCGCUCCGUGCCAGGGCUGCAGGGGACCGAAUGGAGACAGCGACAUCCAACCGAACACCACAGCUUUUACGCAGACCUGACAACGAAAACAGCCGCAAAAAUAUGUAGUCUUCAGCACCGCACUUGACAGACCACCACUUCUAGAAUCUCUCUAACGAGUUUUUCCCCUUUAUUUAUUUUUUUUAAUUUUUUUUGGAGAGGGGGGUGUUUGUUGCAAGCUUUUCACAGUCGAUUGACGCUUAAAGAAAGUGAAAUCGAUUCUCCGCCGGCUAAUCGACAGGAUCCCUGAAUGGAAGACGGCUAGAGACAGACAGAGGUCGGCUCUCCGAGAACAGGCUGGAGCAUUUUUCACUGUCGUUGUGUUUACCAUAAUCCGAAAUAACAUUGGCAGCCUCGGCGGCUGCAAACGUCACCGUCUUUACCAUGGCGUUUGGCGUCAAAGACCCAGAAAAGCCCGUCAGAAUGAGAAGCGCCUGAAGAUUCGUCAUUAUUGCGGAUUUAAAUGCCUCUGUACGAGCGCCACCGAGCCGCACUUUUGGUCAGGUUUGCGUGCGCGGUGCCUCACGCCGUCACCAAUAAACAAUUCAUAGGCUGCUGAAAUAUAGACAGAGACUCCAUCGGGUGGGUGAAAAUAAUCUAAAGCGAAGAGGGAGAUUUUUUUUUUCUAAGCAAUAUGGCUGGUGAGUGGGGCUGGGGACGCUGGCACAGGCUCUCCAAGGCUCCUAAAUGCUAGCUGAGGCGGAUGGCACCGUUCCCCAUGGAAGCGACAGCUCUAUGAGGACAAGCAAUAUCAAUAAUAAUAUAAAUCCGGACUCUUCAAUCUUAAUAUCCAAGAUGGAAGACGUUGUCAUCCCGUUCUCGUCUGAGGUGCCCUGCGACAAUAAUGGACAGCGCAUGUGGUGGGCAUUCCUCGCCUCCUCCAUGGUGACGUUUUUUGGGGGUCUCUUCAUCAUCCUGCUAUGGAGGACCCUCAAAUAUCUGUGGACUGUUUGCUGCCACUGCAACAUCAAAAACAAGGAGGCUCAGAAGGUGAACAACCCCGCAAACAAUCAGGCAGCAGACAGGGCACCAAAGGGUCCUGAUGAGAAGGAGGAGGCCCCAGCCAGCGAGGUGGGAUGGAUGACCUCAGUCAAAGAUUGGGCUGGUGUCAUGAUCUCCGCUCAGACACUCACUGGCAGAGUUCUGGUGGUGUUAGUCUUUGCGCUCAGCAUCGGGGCCCUUGGAAUAUACUUUAUAGACUCCUCAGAUCCUAUAGAAUCCUGCCAGAACUUCUACAAAGAUUUCACGUUACAGAUUGAUAUGGCCUUCAACGUCUUCUUCCUUCUUUACUUUGGUCUGCGGUUUAUAGCAGCCAACGAUAAGCUGUGGUUCUGGCUUGAGGUCAACUCAGUGGUCGACUUCUUCACUGUUCCUCCUGUGUUUGUCUCCGUCUACUUAAACAGAAGCUGGCUUGGUUUAAGGUUCCUGAGAGCGUUAAGAUUGAUACAGUUCUCGGAAAUCUUGCAGUUUUUGAAUAUCUUGAAAACAAGCAAUUCCAUCAAGCUGGUGAACCUGUGUUCCAUCUUCAUAAGCACAUGGCUUACAGCUGCUGGAUUCAUCCACUUGGUGGAAAACUCAGGGGAUCCUUGGGAAAAUUUCCAAAAUUCCCAGUCACUUUCCUAUUGGGAAUGUGUCUACUUACUGAUGGUGACGAUGUCCACAGUGGGCUAUGGGGAUGUCUAUGCAAAAACCACCUUGGGGCGCCUGUUUAUGGUCUUCUUCAUCCUGGGUGGUUUGGCCAUGUUUGCCAGCUACGUCCCUGAAAUCAUAGAGUUAAUAGGAAACCGCAAGAAAUAUGGUGGUUCCUAUAGUGCGGUUAAUGGGAGAAAGCAUAUUGUGGUCUGUGGUCAUAUUACCCUCGAAAGUGUCUCCAACUUCCUCAAAGACUUCCUACACAAGGACAGGGAUGAUGUCAAUGUAGAAAUUGUUUUUCUCCAUAAUAUUUCCCCUAAUCUUGAGCUGGAAGCCUUGUUCAAACGCCAUUUUACACAAGUGGAGUUCUACCAGGGAUCUGUUCUCAACCCUCACGAUCUGGCCCGAGUGAAGAUCGAGUCAGCAGAUGCCUGUUUAAUCUUAGCCAACAAAUACUGUGCAGAUCCUGAUGCUGAAGAUGCCUCUAACAUCAUGAGGGUUAUUUCGAUAAAAAACUAUCAUCCCAAGAUCAGAAUAAUCACACAGAUGCUACAAUAUCACAAUAAGGCCCAUCUGCUAAACAUUCCAAGCUGGAACUGGAAGGAGGGCGACGAUGCUAUCUGCCUGGCAGAGCUGAAAGCUGGAUUCAUUGCCCAGAGCUGUCUGGCCCAGGGCCUGUCCACCAUGCUCGCCAACCUCUUCUCCAUGCGCUCCUUCAUUGAGAUCGAGGAGGACACAUGGCAGAAGUAUUACCUGGAAGGAGUGGCUAAUGAGAUGUACACGGAGUAUUUGUCCAGUGCCUUUGUGGGCCUCUCCUUCCCCACUGUCUGUGAGCUAUGUUACGUGAAGCUGAAGCUGUUGCUUAUUGCCAUCGAAUACAAGUCUGAACAGAGAGAAAGCAGCAUACUUAUCAACCCGGGCAACCACGUCAAGAUGCAGGAGGGAACACUGGGAUUCUUUAUUGCCAGUGAUGCCAAAGAAGUCAAGAGAGCAUUUUUCUACUGCAAAGCUUGUCACGAUGACAUCACAGACCCCAAAAGGAUCAAGAAAUGUGGCUGCAAGCGACUGAUUUAUUCCAAGAUGUCCGUCUACAAACGAAUGAAACUGGCAUGUUGUUUUGAUUGCGGCCGUUCAGAACAAGACUGCUCUUGCAUGUCAGGCAGUGUACAUAGUAACAUGGACACCCUUCAGAGGGCCUACCCACUUUCCUCUGUCUCUGUUCAUGAUUGCGCAACCACUUUACGUGCCUCCAAAUAUAAGUAUAAUGGAUAUGUCAGAUCACCAGCAGAUGGCGCUACAACACCAGGGAACAGUGGAAGUCAAAAAGAGACUGGCGUUCGAUUCAAACCUGAUUGCAAUUUAGUCGAAGAUGAGCAUCCAUCAACUCUGUCGCCCAAAAAAAAGCAGCGCAACGGAGGGAUGCGAAACUCACCCAACUGCUCGCCCAAAAUGAUGAGCAGACACGACCCCCUUCUAAUCCCCGGAAAUGAACAAAUCGAGAACAUGGACAUGAACGUGAAGAGGUAUGACUCGACAGGGAUGUUUCACUGGUGCCCGUCAAAAGACAUCGAAAAAGUCAUCUUGACGCGGAGUGAAGCCUCCAUGACAGUGUUGAGCGGCCAUGUGGUGGUCUGUAUAUUUGGAGAUGUCACGUCCGCUUUAGUGGGGCUGCGAAACUUGGUGAUGCCUUUAAGAGCCAGCAACUUCCAUUAUCAUGAACUCAAACCCAUAGUGUUUGUGGGCUCGCUGGAUUACUUACGAAGAGAGUGGGAAACUUUACACAACUUCCCCAAGGUUUCCAUCUUACCUGGUACACCAUUAAGUCGGGCAGAUUUAAGGGCUGUCAACAUCAACCUCUGCGACAUGUGCGUUAUACUGUCAGCCAAUCAGAACAAUAUCGAAGAUGCCUCACUGCAGGAUAAGGAAUGCAUCUUGGCAUCACUCAACAUCAAAUCUAUGCAGUUUGAUGACAGCAUUGGAGUCUUACAGGCUAAUUCCCAAGGUUUCACGCCUCCUGGAAUGGACAGGUCAUCUCCAGACAGCAGUCCAGUACAUGGCUUUGUGCGGCAGGCCUCCGUCACCACCGGAUCCAACAUCCCCAUCAUCACAGAACUAGCUAAACCUGGCAAACUACUGCCAUUGGUUUCACUCAGUCAGGAAAGUAAAACUGGAACCAACAUACAAAUGAUAACAGAGCUGGUGAACGACUCAAACGUUCAGUUCCUGGACCAAGAUGAUGAUGACGACCCAGACACGGAGCUGUACCUCACUCAGCCCUUCGCCUGCGGCACCGCCUUCGCUGUCAGUGUACUCGACUCCCUGAUGAGCGCGACAUACUUCAAUGAUAACAUCCUCACGCUGAUUCGAACACUGGUCACAGGAGGAGCCACGCCAGAGCUGGAGGCUCUGUUGGCGGAAGAGAAUGCCCUCAGAGGAGGCUACAGCACACCGCAGACACUGGCCAACAGAGACAGGUGUCGAGUCGCCCAGCUCGCCCUGUACGACGGGCCAUUUGCAGACUUGGGGGAUGGUGGCUGCUAUGGCGAUUUAUUCUGUAAAGCGUUGAAGACGUACAACAUGCUGUGUUUCGGAAUCUACAGAUUAAGAGACGCUCAUCUCAGUUCACCGAGCCAGUGUACAAAACGAUAUGUGAUCACCAACCCACCAUAUGAGUUUGAGCUGGUGCCCACAGACUUGAUCUUCUGCCUCAUGCAGUUCGACCACAACGCAGGCCAGUCACGGACAAGCUUGUCCCACUCUUCCCACUCCUCCCAUUCCUCCAGCAAAAAGAGUUCCUCUGUCCACUCCAUCCCACCGUCGAACCGGCAGAACCGAAGCAGUAAGAGCCGAGAGGCCCGUGACAAACAGAAUGCAACAAGGAUGAAUAGAAUGGGCCAAGAAAAGAAAUGGUUUACAGAUGAACCAGAAAAUGCCUACCCAAGGAACAUUCAGAUCAAGCCCAUGAGCACUCACAUGGCCAACCAAGUCAACCAAUACAAAUCCACUAGUAGUCUGAUUCCACCAAUCAGAGAAGUUGAAGAUGAAUGCUGAACACCAGGUUCCUUGCUGACUCACAAGACAUCUGUAUGCUCUUUUUUAAAGAGAUGGGAAGAAAUCACCAGUGGAGGACUGAUGAUGAGGACAGGGUGAUGAAGACUGACAUAUUUCUCUUCACUCAUUCUUCUAUUCAAGGGUUGGAUGCAAACCCAAACUGGAAGGGACCUCCUAAUAUGUGUAUACCUUUAAUGUUACUUCCAUGCUCUUGGACAUUGUUUUAUUUAUUAAUGUAUCCAUAGAGAUGUACAUAAUGACAAUCAAUUAAGGAUUGUACAGCCCCUUCCCCCUAGCACUUUUUGGAAUUAUUUUAAGAGUUGACAAAAAAAAAAGAGUACUUCCUGUAAUUCUUUGCAAUAGUUCACCUCUUCAUGUGACCAGACUCCAUGGCUACGGUGACUGGUUAUUGGAGGAUGAGGGUUGCAGCGAUAAACUGAUCAUAUCAUCUCCCAAAGAUUCACCCAGAUGUGUCAUGUCAAAACCAGCUGGGCUCAUCGACGUCAUAUCUCCUGUCUGCUUCUGUUCUAUUUGCACUAAAACUGAACAAGUUAUUCUCGACAGAACAACUGGAACUAUCAGAUUAACCCCAACACACACACAGUCCCUCAAAAAAAAAAAAAAAAAAAAUGUGUCUGACAAGAGGAAGGGAGGUCUGCUUGGCUUCGGAGGCAUACUAAUCUUAGGUUGUUGUACAUCAUGUCAUUGCUUAAGGUUUGCUACUUCACCAUUGACUAGUCAUGCUGAGUGAGAGCAUUCCAGUCCUGCAGAAGAAAACCAUCUCGCAAAAAAAAAACCCCAAGCUCGAUAACUUAGAGGGGGCGGUGUCGCUGUAUGCUGACUAAAAAGGAACCCUGCUUCUGUCCGUGAAACGUCAGAUCAUAAAGCCUGUGACUCGGUUUCAAGCUCUUAUCGCAUGAUAUGUGCCUGAGCCUCUUCUGUAACAGAUACAGCGCAGUUGAUCAACACAACCUGAAUACAUGAGGACAAAAUGACCUACCCUGUCCGCCAUGUGUUCAGGAGGGUUUACGGUAUGUUCAUAUCUUGUGCGUGUGUGUGUGAGUGUACAUCGCAGCCAGUUGUCCUUUUGGUGUUGCGCUAAUCAGUGCCAUCAUCACCCUCAUUGGCUUUUAUGUAAUGGUGCACCCUUGAAAGAAUAGCAUGUGAGAUCUUAGCUCUAAGAUGAAAGAGCACUGGAGUAGUCUGGAGGGUUUAGAACUACUAACUAAAUUAUUAUGUUGCAUUAUAAACUAAAAUCCCCAACUAUGAUUGAGAUGAGCUAUGAACAGCAGCUGCACACCCACAGUAAACACUUUGUCGUGGUAUCUGUGGCAGAUUUGGGAUCAUAAAGAAGCGUAGUGUAUUAUUUGAAUGUUUUGUUUUUUUUUCGUUUUUUUUUUUCGUUUGGUACAAAUUGAGGAAGGAAAUGCCACAUAUUGCAUAAAGUGGGCAUCAAUGGGUCCUCCUUUGAUCGAAGCCACUGCCUGGCACAGGGUUGGCGCAGGGGCAGUAAAGAGCUUGGAUGUUCUCUGUCGCCAAUCCAGAUGUCACACGCCUCAAAACUCUCAGGAGUUGGGCAGCUGCAUUCAGUCCUCUUAACUUGAGGAAAAGCUCAAACAUAGUUGGGUGAAAAAAAAAAUGCAACCAUUCCACAGACUGCUGAUAAGGACACUGGAGAAGAACCUGUGUUCUUCAUGCUAGCCUGUGUGCGACAUAAGUGUGUAUUUUGCACAUGGUAAGGCACUUACGGAUCCAAAUGUCGCUGUGAUGAAGGCUUGAGGAGGUAGCAUUGUACUCCUAAGAUGCAAACUGCAUAAAACUAUGUAGUUGGAUUUAUACAUACAUAUAAACAUAAUUAUUUUCUAUCCAUAUGCAUAAUCAAUUUGUACUUAUUUUUAUAGAUUAUAGGACUUAAUGAAAGCUACUAUAGUACAUAAAUAAAAUCUCCCUUAAUAUAUUUAAUUAUCUCUACAUAUCAGAGGAUUUUGUGUUUAAAUAUGUCACCAUUUAUUUCGCACUGUACUAAAACUAAAGCUUAUUUUUUUACCCCCCUCGUUAACAAACGGCAUCACUCUGGAGCUAAUGAAGCAUUUACUAGCUUGCAUUGUGAAACCACCAUCUUCAACCUGGCAGCUCAGCUCUGUUUGAGUGCUUGUAGAACUAAUCAAAUUAAAUCUCAUCAAAGCCUCAGUGAGCCGCUUUGGAAAUUUUACAUCAACUCGGCAUCCUCAUGAAGACAGAUGACAGGACAGACAUCAAUUUCUUAUUUUUAUUUGUUGAGUAAAUCAGGUCGGAGAAGUACAGUUAAGUUGAGGAUCUUGGAGUCGCUCCCUCUGUGCACAGGCCAGAUGUGAAUGACCUUCAUUUGUGGCGUUUGACCUAAAUUAGGUCCCUCAAGAGAAGGAAGAGUGUGCACAUUACAGGAAAAUGUGCCGGAGUUUUCCUGGAAAUAUAACAGUAAACAUAACAAGGACACUGUCUAUAUAGCGCAGUGGUUCCUGAUGUGAGGUAUUCUCCUCUGUAGGGUGUAAAAGGCAUUCUUAAAAAAAGAUUUUUGAAUAUGGAAAAAAAAAAAAAAUCAAGAUAUGCUAAAUAUGUUUGUGUAAAUUCAACCCAUUCUGUAGAUCACAUUUCUUUAACCAAAAUGAUCUGAGCUUCAAUGUCCGUCUAUUGGGUGUGGUGCAACUAUACUGAAGCCUCAUACACAUUGUCCUGAAGUGAACUUUUGAACUGUGAUUACAUCGUUGUCACACUCUGUAGCAAAUAGAUUUAUUUUCAGAAAAUAUGUGAUUAAAAUAUAUGUAUAAUUGGGUUGUUAAUGGCAUAGCCUGAACAAUAAGGAAUUAUUAAAUAUUUGGUAAUGGCAAUGAUACAUUAUACAUAGAAUCGACAAACUGAUUGUUAUGUUUAAAAAAAAAAAAAAA